UUAAAUAUUAUAAUGUAUGAAAUACAUUGGCAGCAGCAUGAUGGAAGGCACGUUGAUCUACCCUAUCAAUUUAGUCAAGUCUCCAUAUUAUCAAUGAAUAUUAACCUAUAUAUAUAUCAACCUAUCAAAAUGUUUUUCUUCAAUUGCAAGCCUUGUCUCUACUUCUUCCUCAAUCCGUCAUACCCUUUGAGAAAAUGGCUGGCACGCACUUCAUCAGCAUCAUUUCUCUCUUGCUUCUCCUUGUGUCCUUUCCUUACACACAAGCUUAUGAAAAUAGUCCAAAAAUAACAGAGAAGAAAAUAGAUGUAGUUGUGGAAACUACAGUGUACUGUCAAAGCUGUGAGCAUUCUGGAACAUGGUCUUUGACUGGAGCCAAGCCUAUUCCUUCAGCCAAAGUAAGUGUUUCCUGCAAAACUCACAGAGGUCAUGUUAGUUACUAUAAGGUCUUUGAGACAAACAAAAAUGGUUACCUCUAUGCACCACUAGAAGGGUUCAAGAUGCAGAAUUAUAUACUAGAUCAUCCACUUCACUCUUGUUACGUGAAGCCUGUUUGGUCUCCUCUUGAGAGUUGUAGCCUUCUCACGAAUGUUAAUUACGGUUUGAAUGGAUCUCCGCUUCGUUAUGAUAACAAGAGAUUGCGUGGAAGCAACUACGAAGCAGUUAUAUAUGCUUCUGGUCCCUUGGCUUUCCAUCCUCCAGAUUGCUCAAAGACUCACUACUAAUGCAUUAAACAACUAUGAAUUACCCUUCACCAACCAUUGAGAUUCAUUGACUUAUUAUUAUGUUGUUGCUUUUAUUUGUCUCUGUAUUAAGUUUUGCAUUCUUAAAUUGUUUAUGCUAUCUCUUUUUAUAUAUACUGAAUUCAACGUUACUGCGGAUAAUUUACUUUCUGGUUUUUGGUGGAAUUUUGAUUGUUCACUUCAUGUUCCAUUAAAGUGCAAAAAGUUUGUAAAAGUCAGAA